UCAUUCAGUUUAGUGUCUUCUCCAGUCACAAUGUCAGUUCUAAUAAGUGCACUUGUAUUCUGCAUUCUAUCUGUAAAUCUCGUAGAACCUGCAAGAAUUUUAGCAGUAUUUCCAGUACCAUCUAUCAGUCACCAAGUAGUUUUCAGAGCUCUAACUCAAGAGUUAGUUCGGAGAGGACAUGAAGUUACCGUAAUCACUCCAGAUCCUGCUUUUAGUAAAGAACAAAGACCAGCCAAUUUAAGAGAAAUUGAUGUCCAUGAACUAUCAUAUGGAAUAUGGAAGAAGAUAUUCAUGAGCUUUCCUAGAGAGAAUAAGGAUAACCUUGCAGAUCAAGUUAAGUUUUUUUUAGGAAUGGGUUAUGCUGUAAUGGAUGCAAUUUUAUAUGAUAAAGAAAUCAGAGAUUUAAUUGACAACAAGAGUGAUCAAUUUGAUUUAUUAAUGUUAGAAGCCUGUCCGAGACCUGUACUUGGUUUUACUUCCGUCUUCAAAGUGCCUGUGAUACUUGUGAGUUCAUUCGGUGCAUCGUACGGUAACUUUGAAGCAAUUGGAGCACCAAUUAAUCCAAUCCUCUAUGCAUCGAUCAACCGUAAGAAAAGUCUCAAUUUGACCAUGUGGGAUAAGAUUGUUGAAACAUACAAUCAUUAUCAAGUGAUAAGUAUUAAUGAAGAGUUUGAAAAACUAGAAGACAUUAUGUUGAAAAAACAUUUUGGGCCUGAGACACCACCUUUGACUGAAUUGGCUAACAAUGUGGAUAUGUUGUUUCUUAAUGUGCAUCCAGUGUUUGAAGGGAUUAGACCAGUACCUCCGUCUGUGAUAUAUAUGGGUGGUAUACAUCAGAAACCUGAUAAGGAUUUGCCAACGGAUCUCAAAACAUUACUAGAUUCUUCUUCAAAUGGAGUUAUAUACCUUAGUUUUGGAACCAACGUGGACAAAAGUUUAGUUACUGAAGAGAAAUUGAGAAUUUUUGUCAAUGUAUUGUCUCGAUUACCAUACCUGGUUUUAUGGAAAUGGGAUACUGAGAAAUUGCCUGGACAAACUGAGAAUAUACGGCUUUCGAAAUGGUGGCCCCAGUCAGACUUACUAAAGCAUCCAAAUGUAAAACUCUUCAUAACACAAGGAGGUCUACAAUCAACUGAUGAAGCUAUAACAGCAGGAGUACCUCUGAUUGGUGUUCCCAUGAUAGGAGAUCAAUUUCUCAAUGUAGAAAGAUAUGUACACCAUAAGAUUGGAGUCAAACUAGAUAUGGCAACUCUAACAGAAGAAGUUUUGAAGAAUGCUAUUGAAACAGUGAUUGGCGAUAGCAGUUAUCGCCACAACAUGAUUAGUCUUCGCAAUAAAAUGUACGACCAGCCUAUGCCACCGUUGGAGCGCGCGGUGUGGUGGACGGAGCACGUGCUGCGUCACGGCGGCGCGCGACAUCUGCGCUCUCCCGCCGCCAACAUGUCGUGGGCAGAAUAUUUGGAGCUAGAUCUAGUUUUUAUUGUCCUAACAGUGCUAUUAGUAUUAAUCCUUUUAAUGUUUUUAAGCAUCUAUUUGCUGUGUAAAAGUUUGAGAAGAAUUACUAUGAAGAUGAAGACGUCUUGACGAAGUUAAAAAAUUAUAAUGUAGCAUUAGAAGACGUGAAUAUAAGCAUCUUGACCCUUGUGCCCUGUA